ACCGGUACAGGUAACAGAGAUAAGAGCAGAGUUCGGCCAUUGGCAGCAGCUGCCAAGGCCACCUUUUCUCAAUCUGGCUUGGAUCCUUUUUGAACAAUGACAUCACAAAGAGCUUCAUAGCAGAGCUUCGAACAAACGUGAGUUUGAACAGAUCGUCGGUUGUCGGUUGCUUGGGGUACAGUCGUAAUGUAAAUGAAUCUGCACGUUCUGCUCCAAUUUCCCUUCUUGAGCUGAGCCACUCGAGUACGUUGUCCAAUAUCUUUUGGUUUAGGACUUUGCCCAUACCGGUAGUAGCUCACACAGUUAGUUUCACUCUUUUGGUUCUUUGAGAAACCGUUUCCUCUAGACUAGCUAAAGAAAGUGAGGAGAAAGAUGAGAAAGUUGAUGUUGGGCGUUGCCAUUCUGGGCUUGACGGCAAGGCAUCCCAAGAGUGCUAGUAGUAUUGUUCAGGCUUUCCAGCCCCUAACAACUCGCCAACCAACGAAAGUGGAUCGACAAUCCAGAUUAGCCGUUGCAGCUCUUGAUAAGGAGUCUACUAGUAGUACUAGUAGUACUCCAUCAGCAACUGCUCAAAACAACAACAAAAAAGGCAACAAGAAUGCAAAGCAAGGGAGGAAUCAUCCAAAGCCGAGAUCCACCAAGCCUAUUAAGAAUGACAAGAGCACUCCCACGAACACCACCAACAACAAGAACGGCGGAGGAAAGAAGGAAUUCCGUUGGCUCUAUUGGCUCUACAAGCAAUGGCAUCGGUGUCCCGUGGGUACGGUGGAAAAAUCCAUUCUCCAACAAUUCCUGCCAGCCGCUCAAUCCUGGAGAAACAAACGAUCCAUUGUGGGAGCACAACGAGCCACACAGUUGGUAGAGCGAUAUGCCAGCGAGUAUUUGGCGGGAAAUCCACACGCGCAGCUACAUCAUGAUGCUAGUAGUAGUGGUAACUACUAUUUUGCCAGAUUGCUUCGAGCGGCAUUGGAUGCCUGGAUACAUAUACCACUCGAGAAACAGCAGCAGCUUUCAGGAGAUGGUAGUAUUGCAUCGGUGGUAUCCAUGCAACAGACAACAACAACAACGACUCACAAGGCUCACCAACUGCUGGAUAAGCUGACAAUCCUCGCCGACAACGCCAUGAACACUGGUAGUGAUACUACUGGUAGUACAGAAACCAUGGCACGAGUCCAAAGUUUGCAACGGCAAAUUCACGAUCAUCGAAUCUGGGUACAGGAACAAAUAUUGGACAAAACGAUGAGUGCCAACAACAACACUACAACAACCUCUUCCUUGCAGGACAAUAAUAAUAAUAUUCAAGAAAUCACAGAGCUGCUGCACAAAUCCAUGUCCUUUGCACAAGGACCACCUGGAACGACAACAACUCGGCAGUUGGAAGAUUCCUUGGUGGCAAUGCAACAAUUGAUUGUCACCUUGCAACGAACCUUUAGUGAUCACAACAACAACAACAACAGCCAAGACGAUCUCACAACAUCAUCGAUGAUUGAUGCCUAUGAAAGGGAACUUGUCUUUACCACGCCCGAACAAGAACGGCUGCUUCAGAGUGCUUCUUGGCUUGCCGUCGCAUUGCCCUUUUGGGAGUUUUUGCAUCACACCGUCAUUCGAGCAUUGGUACAUGCCAACGAACAGGAACGGGCCGAACGAUGUUGGGACCAAAUGGAAGAACGGCUCCACAACACUCAACCACAACAACCACAAACGUUGCCUCGUCGGGAUCGCACCACUGCCGUGGAACGAAUCGUAGCCAUGGAGCAACAAACCGAAGGAAAAGAGUUGAUGCAACUGGUCCAAAAUGACCGAUCGUUGCAUUGGUUGCAUUGGUUGUCGUAUCAACUAAAGAUUACUCCGGUCGGAGAAGCCAACGAAUCAAUCCUCAAACUCAUCAUGCCGGCAUUGUCCAUGCAUGCCAAGCGAAAAACAAAGCAAGAUGCAGAGCAGGCCGACGAACUGUUACAACGAUUGGUCCAGGAAGUAAAGGCGGGUAAUCCUCGUGCCAAUAUCACAAAUUCGUUCUUCAACUGUGCGUGUGAUGCGUGGGCCAAGGUUGGUGAGCCACACCGGGCACAGAACAUCUUGAACGAUAUGGGAAAAGUACCCGGUCUUGAACCCGAUGUUAUUUCCUUGUCAACCGUUGCAGCGGCUUGGGCCAACAGUCGAGAUGCACAAGCAGCCCCACGGGCCGAAGAAAUCCUCCAUCGAAUGGAAGAACAAGGCAUGAAUCCCACCACAAUCACCUACAACACAGUUCUACGGUCAUUGAUUCACAGUCCUGCCGACGUUGGAAAGGCGAUGCGAGCCGAAGAAAUUGUUCGAAGAAUGGAAGAACGGUACGAAGCCGGACACGGCGAGUGCCGUCCUUCUAUCCGAACAUACCAGAGCUUGAUAUCGGCAUGGUCUCGGACCGACCUGUCAGGUACCGCCCAAAAGGCCGAACAAGUAUUGCACUUUUUGGACAAAAAGUCUCAAGAAGAACCAGGUUACUCCGACUUGGAACCCAAUGCACAUUGUUUUGGGGCUGCUAUUCAUGCCUGGGCGUACAGUCAAGAGGAACAAAAGGCUACCCGAGCAUACAACAUUUUGUCACACAUGAGGGAUCUCUAUGAGAAGCAGGGCAAAGAGCAUUGCAAGCCAAGCGUGGUGGUAUAUACAUCGGUCAUCAACGCCUGCGCAAACCCUUUUUUGGAGGAUGAGAAAGAGCCAUCCUAUCAGAUUGCGCAAACGGCAAUGCAGGAACUCUGCGACAAUCAGCAACGCUAUGGCUGGCCUAAUUUUCUUACCUAUGCUGCAUUUUUGCAAGUGUGCGAAACCACAUUGCAGCAACGAAAGCGUGACGAAGUUGUCCGAACGACGUUCACGAAAUGCUGUGAAGCGGGCCAGGCAGGAGACAUUGUGAUUGAAAAACUGAGGCGUGCCGCUUCCAAAGAGCUCUACGAGGAGCUGAUGAUUGACACGGGGAUUGAGCAGCCCAACACUGGAAUCUACAGUUUGCCUCGGAGCUGGACCAGAAGAGUCCCUAGCGCACAAAGUCGUCCCAAACGACCAAGAAAGAAGAAAUUGUAUCGCCCUGAACGGGCAAGGAUGAAUGAAGUCCGAAUACUGCGUGGAUCAGCGGGUCGCUACAGCAGGGGCAAAGACGAGAAUGCAAGUGCCUUCGAAGAAGGAUCAUUUUGAGGCGCCUGCAACAGAGAUUGAGCGACACGAAUCCUGUAGACUAUAUAUGUAUAGAAGGGAACUGCUGCCAAAUAGUGGAACCCGUUCCAGAAAGUCAUAAGUUUCUCACUAAUACAAUCUCUCGACUUGUCUCGAGUAGAGGGCUACGGCAAGCUCUGUCAAGCUG